AUGGAUAAAUCUUGGAUUAAUGAAGAUAGGAACACUUUAAAGUAUGAAAUGGGUGUUGAAACUUUCUUGAUUUUUGCUGAAGAUAAUGCCAUUGACCCUAAAAGAAUUCCAUGCCCUUGCUCAAGAUGUGUAAACUUUAAAAUGAAGUCGAUUAAAGUCAUUAGGGGACACCUGUUUGAUUAUGGCUUUAGUUUGAGCUACACAAAUUGGAUUUGGCAUGGAGAACCUACUUUGUCCUCCUGUGCUAGUGUACCUAUUGGCGCCCCUCCAGACCCUCAAUUUUGUUCCGAAACUGUUAAUAUGUGUGAAGCUACCUUCAAUGAAGGUGAUUAUGAUAAGGAGUCGUAUGAGUUCAGUAGGUUUGUCGAGGAAGCAGAAAGACCAUUAUUUGACAAUAGUGAACACACCAAGUUAGAAGCAUUAGCGCAACUUCACAAUUUGAAAGCUAGGUUUGGUAUGAGUGAUACUUGUUUUUCUGAGUUACUCGCCACUGUUGGGUCUUUGCUUCCGAAAGAUAAUGUAUUGCCUCAAACUCUGUAUGAGGCAAAGAAGACUCUCUCCAAUUUGGGCCUGCAAUAUGAGAAAAUACAUGCAUGUCCUAAUGACUGCAUAUUGUUUAGGAAAGAGUUUUCGGAUGCAACUAUUUGUCCCAAGUGUGGUCUCUCUCGUUGGAAGCUGAAAAAGGAUAAAUCUGUAAAAGUGGGGCAACCAGCCAAAGUCUUGUGGUACUUUCCUAUAAUUCCCAGAUUUAAGCGCUUGUAUAAAUCUGCUUCAGUGGCUGAAAUGCUUACCUGGCAUAAAGACAAGUGA